AUGGCCUGGGGAGCCCUGUGCCUGCUCCUGCCACUUGUCCUGCUGGUGUUCCUGGCCUCAGGUUCCCAGGGAGACAUAGUGCCUGAGGAGCUUCAUGAAGUGGCGGGACAGACACUCUCGGUCCGAUGCCGGUACCUUCCCAAGGAAGGACCCUACAGGAAGAAAGCCUGGUGUCGGGAGAUGUCUCCAAAUCGCUGUACCCUGUUAGUCAUCAGCUCCAAGCCUGGAACAGCAGUUCAGGACUCUCGAUACACGAUCUGGGACGCCCCAGAUGCUGGUUUCUUCACCAUCAACAUGACUCAGCUGAGGGAGGAAGACUCGGGGCUCUACUGGUGUGGAAGCUACAACUCUUCCAGAAACGUAAUCACUAUUUUCAGAAACAUCAGCCUGCUGGUGUCUCCAGCCCUGACCACUUCUCCUGUGUGGACAACUACCUGGCUGCUGGAAAGUACAGUUCUGGUCACUUCUCCAGAGGGGACCUCUGGUCUGCUUUCCUUCAAUGGAUCUGAACACAGGAUAUCAAGUUUCCCUCUGCCCCCCUGUUGGGCUGCCCCCAUAUUCCUGGUGGCUGUGCUGUGUGGACUCCUUGUGGCCAAGGGCCUGGUGCUGUCAGCCCUGUUCUUCCUCCUGAGCUACAGGUGCUGGGCGCAGGGUGAGUGA